GCCUCGUUUACCUGAAUAUUUUCUCGUACGGGAGAAUUUGAAAUAGCUUAGAAGUCUUCAUAAUACGCGGACAUGGAAUUUUGGUAUUCAUAGAUAUUCUAACAGAUUUCAGUUUGACUCCAUCAGCUCCAUGAGUGGUUAUCACUCUCCACUCUCCGCCAAUGCCGUAUACAGUUAGUGUAAGCGAAACAAGCUCAGUGUUGCGCGCAAGACCGAGUGUGAAGAUGUGAAAAUACAACGUGCAAUCGUAGUGUACAUCAUUCAGAAGCUCGCUGUCAAAAGGGAACAUAUCGUCGCGGUUGCUACUGCAAUAACAUACCGAACUAAGCAGACAUAUCUGUAUUUGACCUGAUCCAUGAGGAACGACGACCGCGAAUCGUUUGCCAGUAGAACAUCGUCACCAGCAAGUAUACGUUAUCCUCGGUGGAACAGCCAGCAGCAGCACGGCUUGACUGCAGGAGGCUACGACGACGGCAGCUGCCGGCUGUUAACAACUUCAACUACCUCGCCCAAAGAUGUUCAGCAAGAAGCUGCAUGCAGACAUUAAGAAGUCCACCCUCAAAAUCCAGGACGUUAAGAAGGACAGCGCCACCAGAUUCAAACAUCUCAAAAUCGUCCUUGAUAAUGUGGAUACCGAUGAAGCUAAAGGAUUCUUUGAAGCAAAUUUCAGUCAUGUCUACUUUAUUUUGUAUGAUUGUUUUGUAUCAGCAGAAACAAAUUUACGUCAACGAGAACUCUCGUUUCAUCUUGUUCACAAAGCGCACAGAGAAGAGCUGGAACAGGUACUGCAACUACUGGAAAAAGUCUUGACUCUUCUUCCAGAAUUGCUAAACAGAAGGUGGCAAUGUCACAGCUUAGCAAGGAUUAUGCAGAAACUUUUACAUCCUGGUAAUAGUUGGAAACUACGUCGACAGGCUAUAAGGUAUUUUAUAUUAUGGUAUCAAGCAUUGGGGGACAAUGCACCAGAGCACAUACAUCAAAUGUUUGCUUGUCUUGUGCCGGGUUUUCCACCAAGGCAGCCAUCACCCUAUAAAUUCGAACGGAAAGUUGAUAAUAAGAAGCAUACGAAGUCGGCGAGUUGUGACGAAAAAGACCGUAAAGAUUUUUUUGACACGCAUUUGAAUCAUUAUGGAUUUCUGGAUGGUGGUGUUACGCAAGGACCUAUUACAGCAGUUGAUACCGGGCCAAUCUUACCACCUCAGAGCGGUGAGAAACCAAUGGACGGUGAGCCCGUCAAAUUUUUCGAGGCUUUACUCGAGUUUAUGAUAACUCAGGUUGUAAAAAUUGAGUGGCGAGAUAAAACUUCGCGUCAGUACAAAUCGUUUCAGUUUCUGUUGGACCGUUUCAAAGCGACUUACUUGAAACACAUAUGUCCAGAAUUCAAUGAAAAUUUUUCUUUGUACAAACCUAAUUUGGAAUUACCGUCCAUGCGAAAACCAACAAAUCAAAGUCAAAAUAGUUACGUACUAUGUAAAGUUGCACUCAUCAAAUGGAUCGCCACUUUUACCUAUGUUGCCAAGAAAGAUGGAGCGUUUUCUCAUCUUACUCAGAGCAUAACACCAAGUGAAGAAAAUGCAGAAGAGCUACGACGAGUAUCGAUGUCGCAGAAUCCUCCGGAUGCAAGUCUCAUUUCGACCGAUCAGAGUUUAAUGCCGGAAAAUAUAAAUCAGGAAGAUAGUACUCUUACAGCCAUUACGCUUGUUCGCGAUGUACUUUAUGGGAGCCGCGACAACGUCAAUUUUAUUCAUGAAAUGUACAGACAAGCUUUUUUAUUGGAUUUUACGCAUGCCACGGCGAUAAGGAAAGCUAUUGGCGCUUAUAAAGACUGGAUACAAAUGAACGAGGUUCCGCCGUUUAUGUUGGAACCAUUAGACGGACACAGAGAUAGAGAUUAUGAAGAGACCAUGAGAAAAGAUACAGAUGCUGAAAGGAGUCCAAACGAUAGUUUGAGAAUGUCGCGACUGAGGAACGAUUCGUAUUUAGGAGCAAUUCAUCGAGAGAAUCUCUUUGUGAGGGCUGGACUGCAAAAUGUUCUACAAGUAUUCAUAACGCAAGCCUCAAAUGUAUUUUUCUUAGAAAGUAAUGGAGGCGCCGCCUCUGCUACUCUGCUCGAAGAGCAGACUGAUAGUUGUAAGAGAGUUCUUAAUGUUUAUCGUUACGUCGUUAUGCACACGAGACUUGAACCCGCCACUUGGGAGCAGUUAUUAAGGAUAUUAUUACAAAUAACGUCAUUAGUAUUGGGCGAAAAGGCAUUGAGGCGAAGACACCAAGAAAGUAUUGGAGGCAAGUUAGCACCUGCCAUUUUUCAAACUCUCAUCGUUACCUGGAUAAAGGCAAAUUUGAACGUGGUCAUAUCGACACAAUUAUGGGAUCAAUUUUUACAAGUUCUAACGUCACUCACGCACUGGGAAGAACUUAUCCGCGAAUGGGCUAAAACUUUGGAUACGUUAACCCGAGUUUUGGCCAGACACGUUUACAAUUUAGAUCUUAAUGACCUUCCGCUGGAUAGGCUAAGUGAGCAAAAAUCUAAAAAACGCCGGGGCGUAGGAAGUCGGGCAGCGUCGACCGGCAGCGUGCAACCGCCUCGAAGGGGAAGUGUUGAUCAAGAAACUACACAGUCAUCAAAAGGAACAACGGAUCAUUCGUACCGAGAACUACGAAAAAUCCAACCUCUGCCACGAAGUGCCAGCGAUAAUUCCAUUUACAGUGGGAAAAUUCGUGCUAAAUUAGCCAGACAUCGUUCACAAGUGACUGCAACAGCAGAUAUUCCUGCGCUUCCGCUAUCUAUAGAGCAGGUCAUGGCGAAGGUGGUAUCAUCACCGUCUACCUCCACAUCCACAAAAAGUAGCAGGCGUUCGCUUGGCCGCCGCGCUAAAUCACUUGAGAGCGUGGUUGUGCCCGAGAGUGAACCACCGAGUCCUAGGUGUCCGUCGCCGACACCUAGUAGUGGAGUUGACAGCAACAAGGAUAGUCCCAUUCAGAUUGAAAAUAUUGACGGCAGCAGUAUCGACACCAACGACGCAUCGGAGAAAAGAUCGGUGAUGGCCGGUGGUGGUGUGAGGGGUUGGUUACCCGAUGUCGCAGUAGUACUAUGGAGGCGAAUGUUGUCGGCUCUCGGCGACGUUAAUAAUAUUCAAGAUCCCACGCUACACGGCCAAGUGAUGGACUAUCUUGUGCAACUGACUCACACACUCAUCAAAAUUCGGUUGAAUCAAGGAGUCUCCGGGGACAAUCAAGCAACACCACCAGCACCCGAUCUGAUACCACCUUUGACAAUUAUAUCUCCCUGGUGCUUCAAGGCGAUACAAUUGCCAGCGCAGUACGAAACAGGCAAGUUGGCAGCAUAUCGGCUCAUUUGUCUCUUAACGAUUCAGCCUCAAGACGUAAAUCUGUCCAAAGAAUAUCUCACGCUCUUUUAUCGCGCGAUUCAUCAUGGAAUUUCUAGCAAUGACACCAAGAUUCUCCAUACUCUCGUGAAAUAUACUGGUCCACGCCUAUUCAGUUUGAAUCUGUCUGGCUCCAACCUUCUGAUCCUAGACUACAUUCAAGCGGCGAACGUUAUUCUCAGCAGUCAAGAUAUUGAUGCACCAAGAAUGGAGGCUGUUUCAAUUCUUGGAUCUUUGUUAUCGCUACCGACUACUAACAUAAAUACGAGGGUCUUACAACCUAAUGAAACAGAAAUUCUAACAACUACAUGCCCAUAUGCAAAAGAUCACAUCAUAGCGAUUUUGAUGCGUUGCUGUCGUCGCGAACCCACGGGUAUUGCAAGAUGUAAUGCACUAUCUAGUGUAGCCAUGUUUGUUUAUAAAGAGUUAACUUACAAAUCAUUGCACAGAACGAUUCCGGAAGCAAUCAAUGUUCUUCUAUUGUCCCUUAAGACUUCACACGCGACCGUCGCACAAGUAGCUUGCGAUUGCCUUCUUCUACUCUGUGACAAAGCUGAAAUUUUAUUAGAGCAAUAUCCCAGUAUACCUGCUAAGAUAAUUCAAAGUUUAUCAGAAACACUAGAAAGGACAAUAAUUCGUGAAAGGAAAAAUUCCCUGACAAUUUCAAUGCUGUUUUGUUUAGGAGAAUGGGCCAUGCAUUUGGGUCCAAGUAUGUUGCUGACAGUACAUCAAGGAAAACCACUGCUCUUAACGCUUUUUACAGUUCUAGAUAAUAUUGUACAGAAUAAAAUUAAUAGAGAGUCGCAAGAAGCAUCGAAAACUCAGGCUGAAAAAGAAGACUUUGAUCCAAAUAUUACUUUGGAUAACUUACUCGGCGAAGCGACUGCAAAAUUAAUGUGGAGAGGAAAUAUGCAGUCUGUACAGUUGGCAGCCAAGAUGGUAAUGAUGCAUCUUGUUAAUCAUCUGGGGCAUUUUCCUAUGGGAAUUGGAGCAGCUCGAUUAUCGUCUCUUGUGGUAGAAUUGGACGAUGUGCCAGGCUCUGAAAGUGACGAAUUAUCAUCAGCCAUGUUUCAAGCACCGAACAUUCAACUUCUGAUGCUCUCGAACUCAAUUAUUAUGUCUUUAAUUGAGCUCGACACUUUGGAUGCGCCAGGUGGAGGAGUUACAGCGGGAUUGUCAACAGCUCCAUCAAUAGUUCGAGUAUUAUUGAGGGAUUUAGCUGGAAAAGCAUCGUGGGACAGUUCAAUUUUAUACAAUCAACCUUCAAACGGAGAUAUCAAUGUGCCUAAAACAAAAUUAGAUUACACUUCAAAAGCUGUGAAAGAUGACUUGUGCAGUGUAUUACCUAUACAAAGUUGUCCACCAAGACAUACCCUGCGUCAUCAUGACCCUCAUAUUUUACCUACCUUCGAAAACGGAGCCAGUGACAUGGAUAAUUUGGACGAUCUACUUCAGUAUAUUGGUCACACGAGUCCAGAGGUACUGACAAAUCCAGAAAUAACUCUUAACUCGCCCGCUGGACCUCCUCAAGGCCAAUAUUAUGAAGCGGAGACAAUAGCGACGAUAUUAAAUCAGCGAAAUGCUGAACGUGAACAUAUAAAUACUUGGAGCCAACAUGUGAGCAUGUGCGCGGGUCCGAUGACAUCACCUACUUGUCGACCACCACCAGCGCCUUUUCACCACUGCCGUCUUCUUUUUUCACAUCUGGGUCUGUCUGGAUGGGAACAGCGUAGAAAAUUACAUUUGCUAGCCAAAAAUGAAAAAUUACUGCGAGAACUGAGAAAUUUAGAUAGCCAAAGAUCGAGGGAAACUCAUAAGAUGGCGGUAAUUUAUGUUGCUCAAGGUCAAGAAGACAAAAAUUCGAUACUCAGCAACGUCACUGCAAGUAAAGAGUACGAGAGUUUCAUUGCGCGAUUAGCUUGGGAAGUAGAGCUCGAAUCGCAUACAGGUUUCAUGGGUGGACUAGUACCAGGCAAAGCUUCCGGAGUGACUGCACCGUACUACGCUACGUCGUUUGGUGAAGUUCUGUUUCACGUGGCAACUCGAAUGCCUUCAGAUAGUCCCGAAAGUUUAUUGCAAAAAACGAGGCAUCUAGGUAACGACGAAAUACAUAUUGUUUGGUCAGAACACUGGCGCGACUACCGUCGAGAUAUCAUUCCUACGGAAUUUUGCGAUGUAUUGAUCGUCAUUUAUCCUCUUUCGAACAAAUUGUAUAGAGUACAAGUGUCGCGAAAAUCGGAAAUACCAUUUUUCGGACUGUUAUUUGACGAAUGCAUUGUGGAGGAUGCCGUCUUACCUGGAUUAAUUAGAACAACAGCGUUAGCCGCCAGUAGAGCUAAGAGAUCGACGCUCACCCUUUACCAGCAUUACUACGAAGAACGGGCAAGAUCUAUAGAUACUAUCAUGAGAAAUCACAAGGAAGCUACGACAUUUGAGGAAUUUGCUGCCAACGUUUAUUCACCUGUACAGCCGGCAAGUCCAUUUAGUGGCGCAUCUUCGAUUUCAAGUUCGACAACGAGUGUACAGUCCACAGCUUCAUCAAACCUCGCAGCAGCCUUGAUAGAUUCUUAUCAAGGACGUGCGAACCUUCGCGGUACAUCGGCAGCUAACAGUGACAAUCGAGCAAAUAGAGUAUUUCAAAAUCUGUUGAGAGUUUCCGACGGCAGUCGAGUAUGGUUCAGCGGCGAUGCUACAGAAAGUACUUUGCACGGUAUUUCACCGAGACCAGCGAAGAAGAUGUCGUUUAAGUCGGGACCCAAAAAUAAGAAUAAUGCACAACCUACACCACCAGAUAGCCCACGGUACAAAUAGAAUGAUCGACUAGCCUUUUUAUAGAGUCGCUUGUAAUCUCAAGCUGUUUUUACACAUUUUUAUUAGAUAAAAAACUUAUUCUACGUUUAAUGUUUAAAAAUAUUUUUAUUUUCAAUUUAUUUAAGAAUUUUUGCACUUAUCAACAUGCAAUUCUCAAUAUUUUUAGAACGCGUGCUUUGAGCAUUUCUUUUUAUAAAUAAACAAUUACAUUUUUUAAUUAGUGUAAAACUUUAGGAAGAAGAAGCAACUAAUAAUCGAAUAUAAGAAGUAUUGAGGAUUUUUCAUUGCCAACUAGCUAUAAUGUUUUACGUUUUCCGUCCUUAGGUUUAAUUUUGUAUAAUUGCUCGCAUAGAUUGUCAACGACGAAUAAUUUAUUGUUAAUUAAUAUUGAAUAUUUGUAAAUUAUCCACAUGUAGUUUCUAACGAUAGAAAAAUUAUUAUAAAAUCAAAUACUGAUUAGAAUCAAAUGUUAUUGAUAUCUUUUUUAUUAAUCAAAACAACAUUUUCACGGAUUUUAAAGAAAAUUGAAAGUUUUGAUUUCUUUUAUCGAAAUAAUGAAGAAAUUAAAAUUUUUCCGUAAGACAUUCCACACAAUUUUGAUUAAAGGGGAUAUUUUUAUUAUAACAUUAUCACGCAAUAUGCAUUCCAUUAAGUAUCCUGCUAUAAAAAUAUUAAAAAUUUAAUGAAAAUGUACAUCAAAAUAUUUCGAGAAACUGAUUUGUAAGCGAAAAAUUUAGCAUUUCUUUACGCUUGAUUUGAACAACCAGUGUAAAUUCUAUAUUUACUGAAUAAGUACCGUUCUAAAAUUUUGUAAAUUUCAUGAAAUCAUAAUGUUACUAGAUCAUACGUGAAUAUACAUAAUUAACUGCGUAAACUAUUUCACUUUUCAAAUUUUUGAAAUGAAAAUAAAAAUGAAGUUAAUGCAGUAAUGCACGAUGGACGUGAGUUUGAAGUGGAAUUAAAUCAUCUAACUUUAUGAUCAGAGUCUCAUCUGAAUCAGACAAAUAUCUGUUAUCGUCGAUGAAGCAAUUAUAUCAAUUUUAUUCAUGGCCAAAGCAGCAUUAUUUUUGCACUAAUUUAUAAAAAACUAGAGGUAAAAAUAUGUUAUAUAUAUAAAUGUAUAUAUGAAGAACUUGUAGUAUUUUAAUUUUAAAGAGAUUAUUUAAUUAUAUAUGAGGUAAAUAUAUUUGAUCACUAAUAUAUAGUAUGAAACUAUAAAUACGAAUUACUACUACUGUUUAACUAGAGUAUAGAGGCUAAAAAUACUAUGUAUUUAUAAAUGUUGUACUUAACAAAUCGCGCUUGCAAAUAUUACUAAUAUACUGUCUAUAUUUCUGUUUGAUGUAUUUAUUCUUAAUACGCUAACAUUACUGGUAAAGACAUAGCAAUUAAACUAUAUUUUGUAAUAAAAUGACUCAAAUUAUUACAUUAAAAAAUGCAUCAUCUCACAAUUUAUGUGUACAAAAUAAAAUAAUUAUUUUAUGUAGAUAACAAAAUAGAACUGUUGA